AUGAAAGCUGACACAGUCCUCUGGGCUGCCUCCCAUGGCCAAACGACCAGCUGGAGCGUGGAGGGCGUGGAGGGCGUGGAGGGCGUGGAGGGCGUGGAGGGCGUGGAGGGCGUGGAGGGCGUGGAGGGCGUGGAGGGCGUGGAGGGCGUGGACGGCGUGGACGGCGUGGACGGCGUGGACGGCGUGGACGGCGUGGACGGCGUGGGAGAUGUUUGGAGGGCGGUGGUUCUUUACAGUCUUAACCAGCUCGGCUCAGACUGGGGGGCGCUGACUCCAAGUCCUGGAAAACAACGCUGGCACAUAUCUUAUUUAGGCUGCUACGCGGCGCUUGGAGGACCUAUUCUUUCCACACAUAGGUUCUUGAUAAGAUGUAAAUUCUGGCUAAGGUGGGACGAACAGAACAAAACAGACUCUCAGAAUCUCAGCUCACAAUUUCAAGUAGUAUCAAAGAUAUUUAUGGAAUACCAGACACUUGUAGGCUCUGAGGACACUGAAGUGGCCCUAUCUCUGGAGAAGCAGGCCUUUCCCAAUAUGAGUCCAAGUGCUUUAAGUGACAUGAUUUCCACUAGACUUGGGGCUGUGAGGGGUGAGCGUGGAGCCCCACAGGACGCUUUGAAGAGAACCGGUGCCUGAAAGGAGCCCGUGUGGGGAGAAAGAGACUGGGGGUGUGCAUGUGACGGGGACAUCAGAGAGAAGUGCUGUCCAUGGUCAUGCUUUAGGAAGGGACCCUGACGUCAGGGGUCCUCAGGAAGACCCCCGCCAACGGGUCUUCCCCCUGCAGUGCCCGGUUGUGCAUUUUCCUCUCUCUCAUAGAAAGCACCAGGAGAAGUGUCAGCUCAGGGACAGAAGCAACUAGAUCAAUGCGCCCAUCUGUUAGGAAUAAGCAGUCUUGAAAAGUGCAAGAGGGUGUGCUUUCUUGGACUGAUCUGUUAAGCAAGUGGUUUAUAAAAUGAAGCCCAGGGGUUGAGCCUCCUGGGACGAACUGUGCAGAAGUGCGUGUUGUGAGGUGGAGGCGUGGAGGGGAAGCCGUCCUCUGGGCCCUGCUCUUUGCCUCUCCUUCCAUCUGUACCUUUUGCCAUGGAGCUCUGCAGCACCCUCCCUGAACUCAAGUCAAGAACUGGCUUUGGCCAGUGGGAUGUUAGCGGAUGUGACAUAAACAGAGGCCUGAAAUUGCCUUGAGCGCUGGGACUUGAUCUCCUGAUCCUCUGCCAUCGCCGUGGAAACAUGCCAGGACCAGCCUGCUGGAGGGCGAGAGACGAGGGGAGCAGACUGGGUCACCCCAGUAGCCCUUCUAGACAGCCCUUCUGACAGUCAGAAAUAAAUGCCUAUUGUUAUAUGACAA